AUGGGGGUAUAUCAGCUGAAACAGGCAAAAUCCUACAUCAAAGAGCACUUAGCUGAAGAUGGUCAGUAUGAACUUAUGCUAUGCAGGGAGAAACCUGACUUGAUCAAAGUUCAGGUUCGUUCACAACAUGUUGCUUCGAAGGUGUACAAUCUUUGGAUUGAAUAUUCUAAUGGACUGACCCCAAUAUCAGGCUGGUAUUGUCAAUAUCCACUAGCAGAACGGUCCAUUUGGAUGUCUCCAUCUGGUACGAUAACAGUUAUCAGUGGAACGUCACAAGCCCUUGAAUGUCAGGUGAAAGGAGGUAACCCACUUGUUACACUGACCUGGCGGUGUAAAGGGUCGGAAGUGGUCGGAGUGAAUCUGAGCAAGGACAGUUUGUCAGCGUCUAGGCUAAUCGUUCCAGUGGAUCAAACCUACAAUGGAAAAGAAUGUGUAUGUACCGCUACAAAUUCUACAACAACGAUCGGGGAAAAGACUGUAGUGUUUGAUGUGAUAUAUGCUCCUACAUACAAAUUGAUGAUGUCACCAUCUGGUAACAAGGACAUUGGUGCCGGUGACUCAGUGACACUAGAUUGCCAUGUAAGGGGAGGCAAUCCCAUCGCCACACUGACCUGGCGGUGUAAAGGAGCAUUACGUACCGGGAAGAAUCUGACAUCUACUGACACUGCUCGAUCUACCUUGACAGUUACAGUGGAUAAAACCUACAACGGACAUAUAUGUGCAUGUAUUGCCACACAACAGACCAAUCCUGGCAGAGAGAUUGGUAGAAAAACUGUUGAGUUUAAUGUAAUUUAUCCACCACUAGCAACAAACAUCUAUUUGCUUCCAUCUGGUACGGAAACAGUUACCAAUGGAACGACACAACGCCUUGAAUGUCAGUUGAAGGGAGGUAACCCUCUGGCCACACUGACCUGGCGGUGUAAAGAGUCACCAAGGAUCGGUGUGAAUUUGACCACCAGCAAUUUAUCAGCGUCAAGACUGACAUUUACAGUGGAUGAAACCUACCAUGGACAGCAGUGCGUUUGUACCGCUACAUAUUCUAAAACAACAAUUGGGACAAAGACUGUCGUAUUUAACGUGCUAUAUGCUCCUGUCAUCAACCUAAAUACCUCUAAAGUCAUCCUCAGUGAAGGUGAGAGUUUUAACAGGACGUGUUCAGCUCACGGUAAUCCUUCUCCAAACGUGUCCUGGGUUCAGGAUUUUACUACGUUACCGUCAACAGGGGUCCUUUUUUUCUCCAGGAUAGAGAAAGGGGACGCCGGUAUCUAUGUAUGCCUUGCUGAAAACGGCAUUACCUCACAAACACGAACGAAAUCUUUCCGGAUCAUCGUACAAUAUGCACCCGAAGUUGACUUGGCAUUUACAAACAUGACAGAAAAUACUACGAACGCCAGUCUGAAUUGUACUGCUAGGGGCGUUCCUUCCGUGUACAAGUUCAGGUGGAUACACAAGAUUGGAUCUACAGUCGUCAGAGAUUUAGAUGACCACGUGAUCAAUUCAGAGUCAGUAAGUACACUGACUUUACCAAGAGUGAGCUAUCAGGACAUGGGGACAUACAUCUGUGAAGUGGAGAACGGAAUCAAAGGGAGUAAUGGUCAGAUUGUACAGACAAAACAGGGAAUCAUAUUUGUGGAAGGCAGUCCGCGAGCGAUCAAUGCACAAGGUAGAUAUUUGACUGAAAAAAACACCUCCCUUGACUUCAAUAUAACUUACGUCAGCUUUCCUGCGCCUGUCAACACAUCAUUGAUCCGGUAUGGCUCUACCUUACCUGUUGUCACCGUCUCAGCCGCUACAGUGACCUUGCCAUUCUAUCACAAGAACAUUUCCGUCGAUGGGUAUAUGGCACAAAUACACUUCAGUAACAUUGAAACAAAGCACCAAGGACGUUAUCAGUUGUAUAUAAAAAAUAUCGUCGAAUUUUAUUACAACUUCGACAUCAUCAUAUCUGAUAAACCGGAUCCUCCAACACAUCUGGUGAUUGAUAACAUCUCGAAAACCAGCGCCGUCAUCUCGUGGAUUUCCGGGAACAAUAACGGUCAUGUUCAAACAUUCUCACUGAGUUAUCGCAAGCACAAACAAAUUUUAGAGACAAGUGUCAUCCUGAACCACACCGUUUCUUCAUUCUUUGUUGGAAACCUUGACAUGUCAACGAAGUAUGACGUCACAGUAUUUGCAAGCAACGAUAAAGGAACCAGCGAAAAUAUUACUCGUACAUUUCAGACGCUUUCAGCAGCAUCAUCCGGCGGCCAUGGGGCUAUUUUUGGUGCAGUUGCAGGUUCAGUGGCUGCAGGUAUACUGAUUGUUGUAAUAGCAAUAGCAGCCUUCAAACAUCACCAGAAACAUACAAGACCAAAAUCAAAACCGCCUCCGGAUCGAUUAGAUGAUAACAAUGAUGGUUUGAAGGCCAACAUACUAUAUGAGUCUGCUGGUCCUAAUUACAUCCACGAGCCCGGUCCAAGUACCAGUGAUCGGGCUGGAGCUGUGUAUGCUAUGGUACAAAAACCUAAGUCGACGACUACAUUCUCUCAGGUCUAUGCUGAAGUCAGAAAACCAAAGAAAGGAACCGUGCAAAUUGAAGUGCAUGCAGAGGUACAGAGGACAGAGACAGAAACUGUCGACAAAGAUGGUCUGAAGCCCAACAUACUAUAUGAGUCUGCUGGUCCAAGUUACCUCCUAGAACCCGGUCCAAGUACAAGCGAUCAGUCGGGAGCUGAUUAUGCUAUAAGGAAGAAAGUUGAGUCGAAGACAAGUGAAGUCCAGAGAGCCGAUGAGGAGGCCAUGAAUGAAUCAGCGUAUGCAGAGGUUUAGAAGCUGUAGAACAUGAAAGAUUGAAGAUCUCCUGAUCAGUUCGGAAUUGAAAGAAUUGAAAAUAGGAAUCUAAUACGGAUAAGAGUCCGGACCACCAGUGAAUUAGCAAAUGAAACUGACGUUUGUUUGCCGAUGAAUCAGAAACGCCAGAAGAGUGUAACGAAAGACAAUACUUUAUAUUAAGCAUCACAGCUGCGCUUCACGUAAAAACGUUAAUGAUCCUUAACUCUAACACUGAAGGUUACUUAGUUUAAGAAACAACACCAAGAUAUGUUUUAUGCAUUAUGUAGACCGUUCACGGCAAAUGUAAAGUAUAUGACGAAAUGAGCUCUAUUAUAUUUUCUAUUUGAUGAAAUAUUUAUGUGUGUUAAGAAAUGAAAAUCAAGGGUCUAUUUUAUUCCAUUUUCAGGAAAUAAUAUCAAAAGAAUGUUUUUUUUUAUUAUUUUAUGAGAUAUUCGGAGUCGGGGUUGAAGCAGUGCUUUUCAUAUCCUAUAUCAAAUUUACAUAAAUCGGUUAUAUUUCUUCUGAAAUCAAAUGGUAUUCAUAAUCAGACGGGUAUAUUCCUGGUGAGUUACAUGCACACAAUGGAUGUAUUUCCGGCUGUUGAUAUUAACCAUAUAAAAACGCAUAUUAAUAUAACACAGCAAUAUUUCAUACUGUCGUUGUACUAUGUUUGUAUCAAUAUAAACCAUAAUGUUUUGUACUCAUUCUUGUCUGCGUCAUAACAGUAAUAACAAAUUAUAAAAAGUAGAAUUCACAAUUUCAAUGUAUAGACUCAAUCUAAUAAUAAUUUUAAUAUUGCCAAAAAGAUGGAGCAUAAAAUACGCCACAGGACUGCAGUGCUGUCAAUCAGAGUAGUCCAGCGCCAUCCCGACUGUAGGUAUUGCAAUCAUGCUAAAUUUGUCAUAUUUGUGCUACUGUUUCUACAUACAUGUUAAUGCUAUAUGUACUGAAGGGAUCCUAAAUAUAUCAUACUUGUUAUUGUUUUCAUUUCUUUGUGUAUCAUGUGUUUUGAAAUCAUGCUGAAUUUGUCAUAUUGAUGCUACUUUAUCUAUAUUUAGACCGUAAUUAUAUAUUGUAAUUUUGCUAAACAUAUCAUAUUUGUAUUUUAUAUAUCUAUGUGCCAUUAAAAUACAUUAACUUAACUUGAUGUUCUUGAUAAAUGCCAGUAAGAUAGACUACGCACCAUUAAAAAACAAAUAUCUUGUGUAAUGGUCCGUAAAGUGUAUUUCAAAGCAGGGUCAUUUGGGGUCUGGCCCCACUUGUAUAAAAUAUCUCAAUUUAAGAUUUCCU